AUGUCUCCUUCGGACCUCACUUACAUUCUCAUGGGCCUAGCAAGCUACCAGCUAGCAAACCGUCUGCUGCAUUACAUAGUCAAGCAUUAUAACCCUUCGUUCUACGCAACCCUAGAAAAAGACCAAUCUUCCAAACUUGCCCCUUACUUCGUCUUUCCCCUCGGCAUCCUCUUGACCCUCGUUUCCACGCCAGCUUGUUUGUACGCAUACGGCAACACGCCUCAAGAAACAGACAUCUUUGGCGUCCAACGGCCCUUCACCACAACCGGCGAGGUCUGCCUAGCUUCCCGCGGCAUCCUCUGGGUCUCUGAGCUGCCACUGCUCGCCUACUCCCCCGAAUACGUCAUUCAUCAUGUUCUCUCCCUGGGCUCCUUGCUUCUCAUUCUCGUGCGGAGCAUGCCGCGGCGGCCGAUAUACCUGAUCUACGCGGGCCUGCUAACCGAGCUGUUCUCCGAUACCGUUGCGCUUUUGAGGCUGCAUGGGCGCCAUGCAGGUUCCUCUUCGACGUUUAGAACGGCGAUGCUUGCAAACGUUGUGGGCAUGCUUAUGCUACGGAUCCUUCCCAUUGUGGUUUUCACAGCAGGGAUGCAGAAGACGAGCCUGGACUACGUGGGAGGCAUUGUGAUGUACUGCGCCUAUCUCCUCCGACUGUCGUUCUUGCAACUAAAGAUUCUGGGUUUCAUCGAGGGCAACUUAGGUCAGAGAGUUCUGGCCUGGUUCUUGGGGAAGUCUGCGAGGCAAGCAGUUACGAACUGGAUGCCUCGACCGAAGACUCUCGUCGUUUGUGCUGCAAUUGCGAUUGCGCUGUCUUCAGCCAUUGAGUAG